GAGGACAGCCCCGGAGCGCCAAAAGUCCCUGGCCCGCUCCCUCCUGUGAAGACGUAGCUGCGGGUGGUUGUGGUGGCGGCGUCCAAAAUGUCGACCAAGAAUUUCAGAGUCAGUGACGGUGACUGGAUUUGCCCGGACAAAAAAUGUGGAAAUGUAAACUUUGCUAGAAGAACUAGCUGUAAUAGAUGUGGUCGAGAGAAAACAACUGAGGCUAAGAUGAUGAAAGCAGGGGGCACUGAAAUAGGAAAGACACUCGCAGAAAAGAGCCGAGGCUUAUUUAGUGCUAAUGACUGGCAGUGUAAAACUUGCAGUAAUGUGAAUUGGGCCAGAAGAUCAGAGUGUAAUAUGUGUAAUACUCCGAAGUAUGCUAAACUGGAAGAAAGAACAGGAUAUGGUGGAGGUUUUAAUGAAAGAGAAAAUGUUGAAUACAUAGAAAGAGAAGAGUCUGAUGGUGAAUAUGAUGAGUUUGGACGUAAGAAGAAAAAAUACAGAGGGAAGGCAGUUGGUCCUGCAUCUAUUUUAAAGGAAGUUGAAGAUAAAGAAUCUGAGGGAGAAGAAGAGGAUGAGGAUGAAGAUCUUUCUAAAUAUAAAUUAGAUGAGGAUGAGGAUGAAGAUGAUGCUGAUCUCUCAAAAUAUAAUCUUGAUGCCAGUGAAGAAGAAGAUAGUAAUAAAAAGAAAUCUAACAGACGAAGUCGCUCAAAGUCUCGGUCUUCACAUUCACGAUCUUCAUCACGCUCAUCCUCCCCCUCCAGUUCAAGGUCUAGGUCCAGGUCGCGUUCAAGAAGUUCUUCCAGUUCGCAGUCAAGAUCUCGUUCCAGUUCCAGAGAACGUUCGAGAUCUCGUGGGUCGAAAUCAAGAUCCAGCUCCAGGUCCCACAGGGGUUCUUCUUCCCCACGAAAAAGAUCUUACUCAAGUUCAUCAUCAUCUCCUGAGAGGAACAGAAAGAGAAGUCGUUCUAGAUCUUCUUCAUCUGGUGAUCGCAAAAAAAGACGAACAAGAUCACGGUCACCUGAAAGCCAGGUGAUUGGUGAAAACACUAAACAACCCUGAGCCCAGGGCCAACCCCUCGGAACACCACUACUUUACCCAGGCACCACAGGUCACCUUCUGGAUCAUCCCAUUCUGGUUCCCGUUCAAGUUCAAAAAAGAAAUAAUGUAUUAAAAUUUACAUCUUAAAAAAAAGUCCAAUAUAAUGCAUGAAGCAUAUUUUUUAAGAAGUUGGUGUCUUACUUGGUCAGAAGUGCUAAAUCUGCUAGUAGAGGUGCAUGCCUUUCAUUGCUUUUCAGAACAAUACAGCUGUGUUUAUUUGUGAAAUUAAAAGUAAAUAGUAUUUUAAGCCAUGAUGUACCAAAAUAGAUGCUUUGUUUGUCAUUCAUUAUUUACAACCAUUUGCUUUUUUAAGCUAUAACAUCUCAGCUAUAACAAAGUACUUUGUUUUCUAAUUUAAACUCUUGUUUUUCUCAUCUCCAAAUAUGAGCAUUAUCUAGGCUUGUCUGGACUUUGGGCAUUGGAGGCAAGACUGUGGUAAAGUAGUUGGAAACAAUCUGUUUAUGUUAAUCUGGGGAAAGGACUCAGCCUGUUUGUUAACUUGUGUCAAAGUGAUUCUUACUAGAAAAAGUUUAACAGAGUGUUAAACAGCUAACUAGAAAUUUCUUUAUUUUGAAAUUCCCUAUGUUAAGGGUGCCUUAGAAUCAUUGUCUCUAUCCAGUUUUACUUUUUGCACCACGAAGGUUGAUAGAGAAAAAUUUUGUGAAUUACAGAGGAGAAAGAUGUUAGUUUCUGCUUUUCUGACACAGUGAUUUUGAACAAGAAUGCCUAGCAGUUCAUCUCUACUAAUGUGGUUGAUGAGAAAAACAUAUGAAAGUAUUUAAUGUUUUUAGAAGCUUUGUGUGAUACCUUUUAAAAAUUCAGUUAUCACACCAUAGGGUAGACAAAAUUAAAUCCUAGUUAACGAAUAAAUUGAAGAAAGCUUUUGAAAUAUAUUUCUCUUUGGGUAUAAGACCAACAGAGAGAAGACAUGAAUUUAAAUGAACAUUUGCUUUGUGGUGUUUAAACACUGCAUAAAAUUUUCUUCUGAGUAACAAAUGCUUAUUUCCUCAUUUGACAUAAGCAGAAAUAAUUGCUCCUAUUCACUUGAAGUUACUUAUGGCUUAAAAUACUUUCAAGAUUUGUUUUAUUUCUCAAAACCUGGUCAUUUGAGCUCUAUUUUAUCUUCUGGUUUUCAAAAAAGGCUUCUCUUAACAGUAUCUUCAGUGACGAUGCAAGGUAAGUAUAUUAAGGGAAAUUGACAGAUCUGCUUGGGAACUUUUUGUGCAUGGGAAUCAAUACCCACAUUUUUUGUUUUUGUUUUUUGUUUGUUUUUCCUUAACAUUAAUGUCUACUGCAACUGAAAAUUAAAAUGUUUUAAGGUACUUAGUAGACAGAUCAAAAUUACAUUUGUUCUUUAUUUUAAAUGAGUGAUUUUUCUCUUCAGUUUAUCUAAAGAUGAAAGCAAAAUAGCUUAUGUAGAAAUAUUUUGAUAAUAUUUUUACAGUGAACUUCCCCUGCUUUUUUUGUCUUAAAUUUUUUUUUGCUACAUUUACUGUAGGUUGCACAAGAACUUUUACUCUCUUGUAAUUGUGCCUCAGACUUCUUGAAAGUCCACCUUCUAAAUUGCCCACAUGAUCUUCUAGAUUCUACAUGUUAUCGUUGGUUUAUUCUUGUGCUUUCUGUAUUUAAAACUUUGACUGUACUAAUAAGCAAAUGCAAGGUUAUAAAUUUAGCUAAUAGUAGUUUACAGACAAUUUGAAUGAUUAUGAUUUUAUUUGGUUUAAGCUGUACUAGUAUAUUUCAUAAGGAAAUGAUGCUGUAGACAAAUGUAAAUAAAGCUUGUGAGUCAAGCAUCAAGUGGUGUUUGUUAGAAAUAAAUUAGAAUUUUUAAGCUCUGAUUUAAUGUUCAUUUUUAAACUAUUUGCAGUCUGGUUUAUUACUUUUGAUUGUGCAUUUUAGACUCCCUAUGUUCAAAACAUACCAAAGCCAUGAUCACUAUAACCUUUGUCACUCAGGAAUUUUUGACUUUUUUUAAACAGAGAGUACCCAAACUAGUUGAACACUCUGUACCAGAACAUAUCUUACUCCAUGUGGCAAAUAACAUGUCAUAGUGUGCUUCUUAGCACUUAACAAGUGCUGUUUUUUUAACUCUUUAAACUUUUUUUAACUCUUUUUUUAACUGCUAAGUGUUCUUAAAUUUCUGUUUAGAAUCCUUUUAUCUAAAUAAUAUUGAAUAGUUGGUAUUGUCAACAGAUUCCAAGUUCAGAGUAAGCUGUAAGCAUAAGAAAGACUCUCUAGCACAUGUACCAAGGUAAAACUGAUUUUUUUUUUCUCAUAUCUUCUUGAUAUUUGGCUUCCACAGCCAGUGCUGUUUUAAUAGAUGCUGAUAAGAAGGUAUGAAAUUUCUCUCUUCUGCCCUAACAAUUUUGACAUAAUUGUUAGAUGUUUUGUUUUUUAAUAGAAAUAACUUGAUAGCUUUCCUAAACUGGAAAUAGUUUUAUUUCUGGAAAACAAUGGAGUUUUAUUUAAAGACAGUUGAAGGUAUAUAAUACUGAUUUCCUGGCUAAUUCUUCCCGUCAUCUUUACAUACUAUUGUAUAUCAUCCCAUAUUUUACAAACAGAAAGAUUAUAGUUUAAAGAAAUUAAAAUUUGCCCAAGGGAACUACAGGAGUGGCUUAAUGGUGAUUCACCCCCAAGUCUCAUGGCAGAUAUCAAUAUUACCUCUAGUAACAACCAAAUAACCUGUUUGAGGAGAUAAAUGUUAAGUCAAAAUAGAUUUUUUUUAAAUUUGAUUUAAUAAGGUGUUAAUUUCAGUAUUUUAUAAGUAGGUGGAUAAGUAGACAUACUAUUUUGAAAUAACUUUAAAUUUACAGAAAAGUUGCAAAGGUUGAACAGAGAGUUCCCACAUACUCCCACCCAGUUUGCACCAUCAUUAACAUAUUACCCUGUGAUUUUGUCAAAACUAAGAAACCAACAUUGAUAUGUUACUAUACUUACAGUCCAGGCUUUAUUUGAAUUUCAGUAUUUUUCCAUUACUUUAAUCCAAGGUGCUACUUUACACUUCCACUUGUUUCUCAUAUGUCUCCAGUCUCCUCUGGUCUGACAGGUUGUCAUUCUUUCCUUCCCUUUGAUGACUUAAGAGGAGUACUGGCUGGGUAUCCUUUAGAAUGUCCCUCAUUCUGAGUUUGUCUGGUUUUUCUUGUGAUUAGACUGAGUUCGUGAGUUUGAGAGCAGAUACCACAGAAGAAAAGUGCUCUUCUCACGGGAAUUGCCUGAAAUCACCAUUGUAGUUCAGUUUUUUCCCCCUUAAUCUACUUCAUUCUUUGUCAGCAAGUCACUAAGUGUAGCUCACCUUCAGAGUAGGGAUGGGGAGAAUUAAAUUCCACCCCCCUGUGGGAAAAGGCUGUCUACACAUAUUUGAAUUCACUUUUAGAUUUGUCUCCUAUUUGUUUACACUUGUAUGGACUUCUGCAUAUUUAUUCUUUAAGUCAUAUUUGAAUGCUGUGUUGUUUUCUGCUCAAAGUGUUCCAACUUUGGCCAUUUAGCGUCCUUUUCGGAUUGACUCUUAACCUUUGACUUACUUCAUUUCUAUCUGUACUCUUCCCCUGGAGUCAGAGAGCCAGGUUUGAAUUUUUACUUCAUGGAACCUGUAUGACAUUGGACAUUUUUAUGACAAGCAUAUGAGUAUACAGCAAAUAACUGAAUAUUACUCCCUACUCGUGGCCUCAGAUAUUUUGUAUGGUAAUACUCAAGUAUUCCCACUCACCCCUUUCUGUAGCACCAGAUCCAUUAAACUGCCUACUGUGUGUCUUUUUAAAUGUCGAACGGUUUCAACAUAUCUAAUUACUACCCAUGUAAUCUGUCUAUCAAAACUAGUAUGUUUCACAUUGAUAAACAACAUUAUCAGUAACUUAGGGUGGAGGGUCCUCUUAGAUUUCUCUUUUGCCUUCCCACCUCAAAUCUGACUUAACCUUGAAUCGGAGAAGGCAAUGGCACCCCACUCCAGAACUCUUGCCUGGAAUAUCCGAUGGACGGAAGACCCUGGUAGGCUGCAGUCCAUGGGGUCGUUAAGAGUCGGACACAAGUAAGUGACUUCACUUUGACUUUUCAUUUUCAUGCACUGGAGAAGAAAAUGGCAACCCACUUCAGUGUUCCUGCCUGGAGAAUCCCAGGGACGGUGGAGCCUGAUGGGCUGCCGUCUGUGGGGUCACUCAGAGUCGGAUAUGACUGAAGCGACUUAGCAGCAGCAGCAGCAACCUUGAAUCAAUGGUUCUUAACCCUCAAGCCCACAAUGCUCCACUACUGCUCCCAGUGUUUUGGUUUAAUGGGCUAAGAUAUGCAAGUUGGCUCUUAAUGGUUAUUGGGCCUCCAGGCUGGCAUGUGGCAUAGGCAGACGGUAAAGAAUCCGCCUGCAAUGCAGGAGACCUGGGUUCGAUCCCUGGGUCAGGAAGAUCGUCUGGAGAAGGGAAUGGAAACCUGCUCCAGUAUUCUUGCUUGGAGAAUCCCAUGGACAGAGGAGCCUAGCAGGCCACAGUCUUUGGGGUUGCAAAGAGUCGGACACAACUGAGACUAACACUCACUCACUCCCUCUCUGACAUACUGUAGAGGUCUUCCACAGUGUUUGCUAAAUGAUACUUAGCCAAGUAGUUAUCCUUUCAGUACUCAGAGUGGUUUUAAGCUGUUUAUGUUCAUGUAAUUUCCUUGUUUAAAAAUUUUCCUGUGGUUUUCAGGAUUAAACUAAAAUCGUUUGUGACUACCACACUUUCCCUUCCCCCUGCCUGUUCCAGCAAACUUGGGCACAAAGCCUAUAUAGCUAUCCCCAUGAGCCAUGCUGACUACUUGUGAUAAAUUUCCAUCUAUGUGCAAGUUUCCUAUGCCCUGUACACACCUCAUUACCAUCCCUUUUUCACUUGCUCUUCAUGACUCAGUUCAAAACACUCAGAUGCUUUCCUUGAUUCCUGAGUUCCAUAGAUCAGGUGAAUUUCUUGAAAGUCUUUUACCCAGUAUUUCUAGCUCUUCAGCAUUCUAUAGCUAGCACCCAGUGUUGACAAGGGAAUAAAUAUCUCAUGUUUCUUAAAGGGUUUAGUCAGUUUUUUCCUCCAAUACUAAUAAAUGCUUAUUCUUUACUGGAAAACAUUUGGUUGCAGGAGUUUUCUUUCUGAAGUUAUGAUAGCCAGUUAACCAAACUGGACUUUUUUUUUUUUUCCCCCAGUUUAAUAGUUCCAUUUCAUCACAAGCUAAUGAGGUUUGCAUUUACUCAUCCACCUAUGCAUCAGUGUCAUAUAGAAUCUAGAAAUUGCAUGUAAACACUGUUUAUUGUCCUCGAUGUAUGCCAACUUAAAGUGUUAAGUCACUCAGUCGCCUCCAACUCUUUGUGACCCCAUGGAUUGUAGCCCGCCAGGCUCCUUUGUCCGUGAAAUUCUCCAGGCAAGAAUACUGGAGUGAGUUGCCGUUUCCUUCUCCAGAGGAACUUCCCAACCCAGGGUUUGAACCCAGGUCUCCUGCAUUACAGGCAGAUUCUUUACCGUCUGAGCCAGCAGGGAAGCCCGGUAAAACACCAAUUUAGGUUUAUUGUAAACAGCUAAGACAAGAUUUCCAUGGGGUCGCCAAAAGUCGGACACAACUGAGCGACUGAACUGAACUGAAGAGAAGAUUGGAAACCAAGCCUUACUGGUGUAUGUUUUGAAAUCUGUUUAGUUUCUUUUUAUAUUCCUAAGGACAGAAGCACAGAAUUAUUCUGAAAGUCAGAGAAUUUUAGUAAGCUAUUGGUUUAUUCCUAACAUGUCUGCAAAAAUAACAACCUAAGCAAGUUUGCUUAUGAAUUGGUAAAUUGAAUUCCUUUAGAAUGUAUAACUCUUGGAACUAAGUACAUUGGAGUGUGUCAUUUGCAAAGUAAGCAAUGAAUUUAAAAAUUAGCUUUCAUGUUGUGUAGAAACAGAUAAUAGAGGUCAAAGUGGUUUUGUGUUUAUUAAAAUAGUGUCAUAUAUUAAAUUUUUAGAACAGUAAACAUAGACUAGUUACAACCAUAUUUAAUAGGUCUUGAGGCCCUAAAAGCUUUUAAUAGAAAAUAGCAUAAAAUGUUAUGGAUCGAUAACUACACCAGUGAAGUUCAUUUUAUUGGCAAAGAUGAUUUGGACAUUUAUUAUGAGAAAUGUAAAUGAGGAGUUAUUUGCUCUUUAGUGAACUAAACCUGAAAAUAAAACAUGGAAGUGAUGUGGAUGACACAAAUCUGAUAAA